AUGAAGUACUCCAACGCCGCCAUUCUGGGUUUCAUGGGCUGUGCCCUCGCCUUGCCCACUCCUUCCCAAGACGAGAGACACCAGGGACUCCCGAACAUUCCAUUCCCUCUUCCAAGCGGCCUUGCCCAUCCUUCUGGUGGACUCCCUAACCUACCGAUCCCGACUGGGGGAUCUGGAGGAUCUGGCGAGUCCGGAGGAUUGCCAUUCCCUAUCCCUAGCGGACUCUCCGACUUGCUCCAUCCUUCUGGACAGUCUGGAAGCUCUGAUAGCUCCAGUGGCUCGAGCGGCUCUGGCGGCCUGCCCGACCUCUCUAAGCUGCUGCCCACCGGACUUCCGAUCAAGCGCGACGAAAGCGGUGGCCUGCCGUUCCCCAUCCCUAGCGGAAUCUCCGACCUGCUGCCCUCCGGAGGAUCCGGCGAAUCUGACUCGUCGAGCGCAACCGGCACCUCUGGCGGAUCCAGCGGAUCCGAAGGUCUGCCCUUCCCUAUCCCCAGCGGAAUCUCUGACCUGCUCCAUCCCUCUGGAAGCUCUGGUAGCUCCAGCGGUUCGAGCGGCUCUGGCGGUCUGCCCUUCUCUCUGCCUUCCGGCCUCCCCGACAUCUCCAAGCUGCUGCCCAGCAAGCGCGACGAAAGCGGCAGCCUGCCGUUCCCCAUCCCCAGCGGAAUCUCCGACCUGCUGCCCUCCGGAGGAUCCGGCGAAUCUGACUCGUCGAGCGCAACCGGCACCUCUGGCGGAUCCAGCGGAUCCGAAGGUCUGCCCUUCCCCAUCCCCAGCGGAAUCUCCGACUUGCUGCACCCCUCUGGACAAACCGGAAGCUCCAGCGGCUCCAGCGGCUCCGGUGGCCUGCCCUUCUCUCUGCCCUCCGGCCUCCCCGACAUUUCCAAGCUGCUGCCCACCGGUCUCUCCCUCAAGCGCGAGGAGGAUGCCGCCCUGCCGCUUCACUUCUCCCGCCUCCCCAACUUCCCCGAGUUCCCUAAGCCGACCGGUGGCUUCCCCGAGCUCCCCAAGCCCGUUGGUGGCCAGCUCCCUGGCUUCCCUCCUGCUCCGACCCCGACCAGUGCUGCUAUCCCUACUGGCUCGGCCGUUGCUUUCAAGGCUUAA